GAAGCGCUGCUUCCUCAAUCUUCCCGCCCUUGCCUGGAAAGAAGUCCCCGGCCGCAGCUUCCUCUCGUAUAUCCCUGCGCGCCCGAAGGAGGCGGCUCCUUGUGAGGGGAGGAGGGAAAGGCGGCCAUUUUGUUCGCCCGCCGACGCUGUUUGCGGCAUCUCCACCUCCUCCUCCUCCUCCGGAACGAGCGAGCGACCGAGCGAGCGAGCUGGGUUGGGGGGCGGGAAAGCGAGAGAGGGAGGAAAGGGGGCGCGCGGUAGGGCAUUCGGGAGAAGGAAGGAGCCAGCUCGGGAGCGGGGGAAGAGCCGCGCGGGUCGACCCGGCGGGCUCCGGCUUCGCUCCCUCGCCCCGGCCGCUGAGAGGCGAUGGCGGAUAUUGACAAGCUCAACAUCGACAGCAUCAUCCAACGGCUGCUGGAGGGUGAGCGAGGAGGGCGGCUUGAGGGAACGGAGCGGCGGUGGGGGGGGGGGGAUAAGGAUGUACCGUGAGGCUGGAUUAAGGGGGGGCGAGGGCGGCGCGUGAGGCGGCUUCCUUGGGGGGCUUCCGCCGCGGUUUGGGGAGGGGGCGGCAAACCAUUAAAAGGGGAGGGGGUUGCCCACCGGCUGGGGGGGGGAGCGGGGGAGGAGCGCGGACGGGCGAAGGCCGUUUUAUUUUAUUUAUUAUUAUCCCACCCUUUAGUUACAAAACAAAAAGCCCCACUGACUAUAGCUCUCCUCCACAUGACGGUUAUGGGUAAUAAUAGUCGCAAAUAGUAAUAAAUGAAGCCUAAUAGCGUGACUUGUGGGCGCGCGCCGUUCGCCUCCUCUUCGCUUCUCGUUUCAGGCACUUUUGGGGCGCUUCUCCCUUCCUCCCGUAUCUUGGGAGGGUGCAAUGGGGGGGGGAGAAGCGUUGUUGUGUUUGGGGGAGAUGGUUUGGGGAGACCCGAAGGUGUGGAGGCCAAGGGAAGGGGGUUAUCUAGGGUGUCUUGGGGGGGGCUGUUGUAUGUUCGGGGGGGGCGCCACCAAAAAAUGAGGGACGUUUCUGGAGGGGGGGUUGUACUGGUGGACGGGCGUGCACGUAGUGGUUUAGAUUUAGGUAUGCGUGUGACUUUAUUCAUUUACAGUAUAUACUGCAUCUAAAUGCUGCUGCUGUUGUUCCUUUUGCCACAAAAAAGAAAGAAAGAAGAAGACAGGAGAGACUGGUAGGAAGGAGGAUGCUGGAAUGGUUUUGUGUGUGUAUAAUAUAUAUUUUGAAUAUGGGGUGCGUGGAUUGUUUGAGAGAGGACUCUUAACAAUACAGAGAUGUGUGUGUGUGUGUUUUUGAAUAUGGGAUGUAUGGAUACACACAGGUCAAAGUGGUAUAGAGAAGAUUCCCCCCCCCCCACUGCCCCCAAAUGUGUAACUCUUUGGGGGGGGUGAAGGUUUUGCUUGAGAAGAGUAGGGAUUUUGGAGGCCCUUGACAGACUCCGCUUGGGGGGAGAUGAGUAUUUGGAGUGGAAUUGGGGAUGGGCUCCCAAUAUUUAUUUGCACUGGUGUUUCUGUAGGGAGGGGAAAAGUGGGUUGGGGUGGAUUGCAGAGGAGCAGUGAGAUUGAGGAGCAUUAUUGGGAACGGAAUUUGGGGUGGAUUGCCUGUGAAAAAGUGUUCCCAUAAGGUGGAGGGGUGAAGUAAGGGGGUGCUGUUGAGGGCAGGGUGGGGAGAAGCUGCUGAACCCAAUUAGGAAUGGUUUUUUAUUGUUGUGGGCUCAUUUUUUAAAAAGUGCCCCUUUGUGGUUCUGUGAGGAGGUGAGGUGAGGUUAAGAGUUUCAGCCAGAGGAAAGGGAAGUAAAAUAGUAAUUGUUGUGGAUGGGGAAAGACUAUGUGGAGGAUGGUAAGAGGCCCCCUCACAUAUGCAUAGAACACAUCAGGGUAUCUGAAAUCCCAUAGCCCUCCGCUCAUCUCAAUUCUGACUUUGUCUUUGGACUCUCCUGAGUUGAUUUGGCAGGGAAGGAGGCAAGACUAAAGGGUCCACAUCCAAGAUGGAGGGUCCGGAGGUGCUUUGUUUGUGCCUCAGUGAUCUCUUUUCAGAUUACAACAGUCUCUUCCUCAGUUGUUCUUGUACACUGCAUGUGUCUGUGUGUGCAUACACACACAAACAUAUAACUUAAAGAUAGGUGGGAAUGCACACAAUUCUUAUUCUGAUACACUAGAUGUGCAUGCUGUGCUUUAUUCUGAUGUUUUUCUUAGGGUAAGUGCAUAAGUAGGUUGGCCAUUUUUCAUUGUUUUGCCCUCUGCUUAGCAAAGUGGAGUCUUAUUUCUGUAGUAAGAGAAGUCAGUGUUGGUUUAGUUUCCCUCCCAAAGCUGCAUGACUGCUGGCCUGGGGAAUCACGAGAGCAUUAAAAUGUUGCUCUCCCUCCUAUGCCAGUCUGUUGUGGCAAGGGUGAAGCUUGCAAACAAAUUAAAAAUUUAAUCCUUGUAGCAACGUGAACAUUUGACUGCUCUAAAGAUAUGAUUGUGAGCCUCAUGGAUGUCUGCUCAUUUGAACAUUUUCAUCUGUCUGACCUUGGUGCUGGGGUUGUUUCUGAUAUGCUGUGUUCCCUAAAUCUUAGAUAGUGCAUGUUUCGAUUUCUAGGUUUGGUUAAACGUGCUUAUAAAUCUUGGCUGAGGUGAAGCGUUGUGAAGUAGCUGAUGACAAAUUAUCCUUGUAGCAGCAAGCAAUAUCACAUUUAGCUAGGGAGGGAGGCUGCACUAAUCUAGCUUUGUCUGAGUCUAUCCAGGACUUAUACUUGAAGAGUUCAAUCAGGGAAUUAACUUUUCAUUUGAUGCAAAGUAAUCUGCAGCAAUGUGGUCUGAGCUAAAUAUAAGGGAUAUGUCUUGCCGUAGUCUCUCGCCUCACUUCAUAGUCCCUUCCAGUUUUUAAAGAUACCUUUUAAAAAGUCUUUCUCAUUUAUUUUAGCAUAGCCAUGGAAAUGGAUAGGAUUUGUAAAUGUAGGAUAUUUGAGGUUGGAUAAAAUAGAAUUAGAGACAUUGCUUCCAUUGGUUUGGUGUUAGUCCUUUUUUCACCACCUUGAUUUACUUAAAAAUAUACAUAAUUUAUCAUGUCUCCAUCUCAUCAAUGAGCUUAAAUUUAAGAUGCCAACAAUAUUGAUUUAGUGUAGAUUGAUUUCUCAGUAAUUUCAGUGUUAAAUUUCUUGCUACAUAAACUUUGAAAAGUUUGUGUAGACAUAACUCUAGGAGCCAAGCAGGGCACAUCAACAUCUUAGAAGAUAAUAUAAAUUGUAUGGCAAUUUAAUGCCAAAUUUGUGUUAAUAAAAUGUUAAAUCAUUUAGUAAUGGAGAGAAUUUUUGAAACAUUUCCACUUGGAAUUUAUACUUAAAAGUAGCUCAGCCCCAAUGAGCGUGAGACUUCAAAGAGGUUAAUGUUGUAAGACAUAUUUGGUUGAUUUGUGUAUUGGAUAGUGCUGUUUCUUAAUUGUAUAUUUAUACCCAGCUCUUCCUCAAAGAGCUUGGGUUACUUUGCAUGUGGUUUCCCAGUCUUUUUCCUCACUGUUAAUUGGUGAGAAUUGUGUAAUUGUUCAAGGUCUAAAAAGAGCAUCUCCUUGACUAGUAAUUGACACAAUCAACAAGGAAGUAAGUUUAAAAUUGUCAGAGAAAUUGCUAUCACAAAAGGUAAGAGACAAUAGUAAGAUCAUAGAAUCAUAGAGUUGGAAGAGAUCCCGAGGGUCAUCUAGUCCAACCUUCUGCAAUGCAGGAAUCUCAACUAACGCAUCCAUGACAAAUGGCUACCCAGCCUCUUCUUGGGACCCUCCAAGGAAGGAGAGUCCACAAUCCUCCUGAGGGAAUCCAUUCCAUUGUCAAACUGCUCUAACUGUUAAAGUUCUUUCUGGUGUUUAGUCAGAAUCUCCUUUCUUGUUACUUGAAGCCAUUGGUUUGAGUCUUACCCUCCAGAGCAGGAGAAAACAAGCAUGAUCCAUCUUCCAUGUGACAACCCAUGAGAUAUUUGAAGGUGGCUAUCAUAUCUCCUCUCAUUCUCAUCUUUUCCAGGCUAAACAUGCCCAGCUCCUUCAGUCAUUCCUCAUAAGGCUUGAUUUCCAGAUCCUUGAUCAUUUUGGUAGCCCUCCUCUGCAUACGUUCCCGCUUGUCAAUAUCCUCCUUAAAUUGUGGUGCCCAGAACCGGACACUAUACUUCUGUUGAUGCAGCCUAGAAUAUCAUUAGGUUGUUUUUAUUGUUAUUAUUAUUAUUAUAUUUUGAUGCUGCUGCAUCACAUUGUUGACUCAUGUUAAGUUUAUCGUCUACUAAGUCCCCUAGAUCCUUUUCACAUGUACUGCUAGUAAGCCCGAUGUCCCCCAUCUUGUAUUGGUGCAUCUGGUUCUUCCUGCCUAAGUGCAGAACCUUACAUUUGUCCCUGUUGAAAUUCAUUUUGUUAGCCUGCACCCAGUUCUCCAAUAUGCUACGGUCAUCUUGAAUCCCAAUUCUGUCUUCAGCUGCAUUAGCUAAUCUUCCCAGUUUGGUGUCAUUUGUAAAUUGGAUGAGCAUCCCCUCAAUUCCUUCUUCCAAGUCAUUUAUAAAGACAUUGAAAAUGGACCCAGGACAGAACCCUGUGGCACCCCACUUGUCACUUUUUCCCAGGAUGAUGAGAAACUAUUAAUGAGCACUGUUUGGGUUUGGUCAGUCAACCAGCUACAAAUCUACCUAACAGUUACCUCGUUCAACCCACAUUUUACCAGCUUCCUUACAAGAAUACACUAGGGAACUUUGUCAGAAGUCUUCCUGAAAUCAAGAUAAACUUAUGUCCACAGCAUUCCCCUGAUGCACCAAACCAGCAAUUUUAUCAAAAAAGGAAAUGAGAUUUGUCUGGCAUGACAUGUCUUAGUAAUCACAGCAUCUUUUUCUAAGUGCUCACAGACCAACUGUUGAAUUAUCUGUUCUGGGUCCUUUCCUGGUAUGAAGGUCAAGCUGACCGGUCUGUAGCUACCUAGGUCUUCUUUUUGAAGAUGGGGGCAACAUUUGCCCACCUGCAGUCUGUAGGGAACUCACCUGUUCUCCAGGAAUUGUCAAAUAUAGGCAGAGGCUGUAAGAUUACAUCUGCAAGCUCCUUUGGUAUCCUUGGGUGCAGUUCAUCAGGCACUGGAAAUCAACACGUAUGCUACUGCUACUACAGUUUGGCAUGGAUGUAGAGGAAAACCAUAGUUUCAUGCUGCAGCAGGAGUGGCUAGCCUGUGACCCUUAAGAUGUUGAAUUAUAGGUUUCAUAAUCCCUGGCUGUUGACCAUUCUGGUUGGUGCUAAUGGGAGUUGAAGCUCAGCAACAUCUGGAGGACCGUAGGUUACCCACCCCAAUUCUAUGGGAACAAGCUGUUGCCAGGUAUUUUGUCUUCAGUGCCCACAAGGAGUUUCUUAGAUUUAUAAAUUCAGCCCUGUGCCCCAAGAAAGUUUGGGGACCCUGGUUUAAAACUAAAAGCAGAAACUUUCAAUCUCCUGGUAGGCAUUAUGAGGAAGAAGUUAUUGUAAAGAGAAACUGGUAUUCUAUCGUUUCUGGAUUGAGCCAGAGUGUACAAAGUGCUUUAUGGUCAUUUCUCAUCCGCUCCACUAUACAGAAAUUCCAUUUUGCAAUUGGGUAGCUGCUGGAUCUGAGAGGGAAUGAUUUGCCCAUGAAUUCUGGUCAUUUCAUGGCUGUAUUGAAAAUUCAAACUCUGAUCAUCUGAGUUCCAAGACAUUAGCCCCUACUUCAGUAUUCAUAGGUAGUUGGGGAUCUGUUAGCAAGCAGUGCUAACCACUUUUCUGUAUGACUGGAAAGUCUUGUAAAUGCCUAUUAACACCAAUGCAAAUGCUGGCUAGCUUUUUCAUUUAUUAUUCUUUUGGUCCUGUCUACAAAUAAAACGUAAUGGCCUGGUUCUUAUAUAACAAGAAACUAUAGUUUCCCAUUAUGAGAAUGAUCCUGCAUGAUGACAAUUUGGCCUGUAUAUCUCCAACUAAACAUCAUGAUAUACUGAUAACACUGUCUGAAAUAAGGCUGGCUUCAUGGUUUUCCCUGCAUUGUGAUUUUGCUGCCCCCCGCAUGAGGCAGGGGUGAGCUGAGCCGGCAGAAUUGACAGGGGCUGCAGGAAUCAAGAGAAGCAUUGGCUGGCUUCACAGUUUCUCCCCAUGAAAAAUCAUAUUGUGAUUUUUGCAUAGCACAUAUAUAAGGAUUUGCGAUAUAUUGCCAGGUCAAAAAUUAUGAAAUGGUAUGGAUGAUACAGACUUCAAAGCAGUUUUGGACAAUAUAUUGCCCAGCCCUAGAGGAGAGAUUAUCAGUAACUUCUGCAAUCAUUUUAAAAUGAACUGUAGUUCCCUGUUAUAUCCUAACUCAAGGGCCUAUGGUUUGUUCUAACUAUAAUUAGCUAAUCGAAAUUUAUCGAUGGAGUUCUGUCAAGUCUUAUUUUCUAUUAGGUCACACAAAUGGCUGGCUCUAGUAUGCGAGGUGGGGCUACUGAUUUUUUAUUUUUGUCUUCAUGAGAUCUGAAGGAAGAUAUUAAGCAUGCAAAUAUUUCCUAUAUAUAUCUCUUGUUCAUAGAGAAUUUCCUUAAAGCUCAAAAUGGUUUCUACAAAAAUCACAGAAAGUGACUAAAUCAGUUUGCUUUUAGCAGGGAAAGGGGUGGAUUGACAAGACUGUCCAAGACUGCACUGUCCAAACUGCAACAUUGUUGCAGUUAAGCUGGUUUACAACAUGAAGGCUUAUUUUAGAAUAGUAAAGUUAGUUUAGAACACUAUAGAAAGCAAAAAGUUGUGGUGAAGGAGUGAAUUCGGGUAUCGACUCUUGUACAAUGUUAUAUAAUGAUUACAUAAUGGCCACUAGUGAUAGCUGUGGGAGAUGACAUUAAGGUAUCAACUGAGCUCAUGAAUAGGGUGUCUCCUCUCUCUCUAUAAGUAGCCUAACUCUGUAACCCCUCAUUUAGAGGUUAGAGCAGCAUGACGUCCCUCACAGCAUCUUUUUUGUGGGAUUCCCUGCCUUGGGAGGUCUGCGUCCCUUCUGCCAUUAAGUAAACAACUCCAUUUCUGAAAAUGUUUUCCCCCCUUCAGACCAUAGAUUAUGGUGGUUUGAUGUUCAUACAAAGGAACAAUACAACUAUCAGGGUAUUCACAGGGAAAACCACUAAUUUCUAAAUGAUGGUUCACUAAGCUACAGCAGCUUCUUAUGAGAUAUACUGUUCAAUGAUCCCUUGCAAAUAGUUGAGCCCCAGCUAUUUUGUUCUUACAGAUCAGAUUUAUGAUGACACUUUAAAUCUCUGGAUACAGGAUAUUCAGGGAGUGGGAAUUUAUUUACACAAAGCAAAGUUUGGCAGAACAGUGUUGCUCCUUGGUUGGACCAAGAACAAAUCCCUUAAUUUGUUAAUAUUGAAGGAAUGUCUUGUUUACAAGAGGUUCAUAAACUACUGACAAACUACACCUAGAUAUAUUUUUUCAGAUCUAGUUCUAACUUGAAAUUUUCAACAAGUGCGUGUAAAUGUCAAAUAUGAAAGUAGCAAAGGCUUCAAUGUUACAGCAACUUUAAUUGGUUAGAUUAAUUAACAAGAUAUAAUUGACUUAAAAUAUGAUUAACUGAGAAGCAUUUUUUAAAGCAUUUGAGAAUUCUGAACAGACAAAUCACAUUGCAAAAUAGAUAGUAGAUUAGCUGUAAGUACCUGCUAGAGCUGGGUGAUAUUGUAGUAUGUUGUCUGAAACUGGUAUGACAUUCAGAUUGUGAUACUGGUUUCAGACAUCGAGCUGGCAAUAGUUGCUUUCACUAGUUCCUGAAAACAACAAAAAUGUCUGAAAUUUCGGUGCUUGAAAAAUUUAUGCUAUCUUUGCAACAUGUGCAAAUUCUGCAUGCUUUCCAGACGUAAUCUCUUCUCAUUUUAAGUCAUACCACUUUCAGAGAUCUUGGUCAUACUUCUUAUUUAUUGGGUGAUUUAAGUAGCAAGUUGGAACCUGGCUUGUAGGCUAUGUUUUCCAACUUCUCAUUGAAGACAUCUAGUAAGGGAGAGUUUAUAGGAAAUGACUAGAAUUCCGAAUGGCAUCAAAUGCAGAUUGCUAUUCUAGGAUACAUUCCUUUUCAUCCCUGUCUGGCCAAACUUCUCUGCUUGUGGGGGUGAUGAGAAUAUAAGCUGAGGCAGUGGCAGAAGCUUCUGUUUCACAUAUGCUGCUGAGUAGUUUUGCCUACAGGCCUUUGGUUCCCUCUUUAAGAGCAUUGCUACAAGCAUAUCAUUUCUAAAAUGCUUGAUCUGUUUUCUGUCUAUAGAAGCUUUUAACACGAUAACACCCUUAACUGUUUAAAAGCAUAUAAUGUAAUUAUCAGUGGGUCAUUUUUAUAAACUCUGUUGCUGAUGGACACUUUGCAUUUGAGGCUGCUUACUUACAGUUUGGAAAGAGAACUUGGGGCAAUUGCUCUAUUGCUCAAUAGCUUCAUGCAUAAUCACACUGCAGAGAUGGGGAAAUAUAUUAAUAGGUUUAUGCCUUAUUACUUGUGUUAAAUAUUUUAAUUGCACCCUCAAUAUAUAGUAGUACUGAUAAUGUCAUCAAUGAAUGCUAACAACUGAUGGGGAAGAAAAAUUGAAACAUGUAUUUGCUCAUGUCACAACCAUUGCCCUGCAAUUAUUCUGCUGGUAAUUGCAACUCCUUUCUGAUACUAAACUUCAAAGUAAAUCGUAUUAAACUACAGCCUUUGAGUUUUUCAAAGCUUCGGUGCAAGUACUUUAAACUACUUGUUCUGCUUCCUAUAUAACAUCAGUGCACAGGUGGUGUCUAGAUUGAAAUAGGUCAAUAGAAUAUGUUGCACUGAAAACAACACAUGCAUCAAUUGGGGAAGGCUCUGGGAAGGCAUAGUUAGUUGCACUGCUCAAACAUGAGAUAGCAUGUCUAACUGGUGUGAGGAACAUUCUUGCCAUCAGGUUUAAUUAAUUUGAAGUAACUUAUUGGGUUUGGUGAAUAUCAUACUCUGGCUUAGCUUGGGACCCUUGCAGUUUUCGAAUUCCUCUUGGUUUUGAAUUAAGAUAUUCAACUUUUGCACCUCUUCCCUUCCAUGUAAUUAGGAAUAGUUGGGACUGCAGCUUACAUGGGGGGUUUGUUCCUGGGGGUUGCAUGCAAGAACCUCCAGAGCCCAGUAAGCAAGAGUCUCCUGCUCUUUUUCUAUUUAUUUAACCAUUGGUGUAGAAUCUGUUUCAUAUGGUUGUCCUCAAAUUAUAAUUCUUGUAUCUGUAUCCUAAAUAUUUCACCAGCAUAAAAUACAUUGGUGCAGCCUAUAUAUGAAGCAUUUGUUUCCUGGACCACUAGAAUUUAGAAACAACACAUAUUUUAAUAUGCAGUGUUUUCAUUAUUUGCCUUUUAAUUCCAGCAGUGGGCAAACUUCCCUCAGCUUGAAUCAAAAUCUGCUUGGUAAUCAUGAGCCUUCUCUGUAAGAGUUCAGAAGAUAUUUCAAGACCCAAAAUUUGUCAUUUCCAUUUAUUGUAAAAUAAUCUGUUUUAUGUGUUUAAUGAUGAUUGAUUUGAAACUCAGUAGAUCUCAUUUGCUAAACAUGACCAUCCUUUUUUUUUCUUUCACAGUAAGAGGGUCAAAACCCGGUAAAAAUGUGCAACUUCAAGAGAACGAAAUAAGAGGAUUAUGCUUGAAAUCUCGAGAAAUCUUUCUCAGUCAACCCAUUCUGUUAGAACUUGAAGCACCGCUUAAAAUAUGUGGUAAGCAUUGAGAUUUGUUGGCUCCAACUAUCCCUUUUUUAAUGAACUGAUGAUGAUGAUGUGGCACAACUUCUUAGGUGGUAUUUUCACCAUCUCUGAAGAUUGCAAAUCCAUUAAAAUAUUGCUGUCAAAGUACUGUAGUCAUCCUAUGCAAAUCAUGCUACUUGAGGGCAAAAGUAGAAUUGAUUUGAAUAGAAUUCUGAAGGGAAACUUCUUCAAGUAGACAGAAUAAAGAGGACACAAAUCCCAGAAAGAGGAAGCUUUAUUCUUCAACCCAGUGGAGAUUUGAUUUUAGGUUAUGGAUACAGGCAACGACCAAUUUGCCUGGAGGUUAUGUUCCUGACCCCUGUGCGCAUUGGUGGAGCAUGCAUAAACCUGCUUCACCACAUUAUUCCACCUCCCUUUUACACCCCCCUUUUCAACCUCUUCCUCAUUGCUGUGACGCACAUGGGCGCGCAUCAGUUGGUCGUUGUCUGUAUCAGUGUUAGUAAUAUCCAUAACCAUUUGUAUACUAAAAAGUGGUGGCCCGUUUUUCUUCAUCAUUGCAUGAUUCUGUAAGUUGAAGCAGAAGGCCUUGCUUUUCACAAGAAGUCAAAGUAAGUUGUGUUAAAAAAGGUAAAGGGACCCCUGACCAUUAGGUCCAGUCGUGACCGACUCUGGGGUUGCGGCGCUCAUCUCGCUUUAUUGGUCGAGGGAGCCGGCGUACAGCUUCCGGGUCAUGUGGCCAGCAUGACUAAGCCGCUUCUGGCGAACCAGAGCAGUGCACGGAAGUUGUGUUAAAUACUGCUUAAUGCAAAAGAUUUAAGAUUAAACUGGACUUGCUUAGUCGGAAUUAAUAACAAAUAAAAUUUUCACUUCAAGCCAGCUUCAAUUUUUAGGACUGGCUUUGUUGUGCUUCUAACCUCACAGAUCACAAAUAAUAGUAUGAAAGUUUGUACUUUGGAGAAAACAGUGGUACAGUCCAUUGAACAUCUCUUUGCAAAAACACCAAUGAAUGGAAUAGGAAUAAUAGGCUAAUUGGAGGAAACUUACUGUUACAUAUGCUUACUUUUCUUAGUGUUGUGUAACAAUUCUUAUUCUUUAAAGUGAGUAUAUUAGCAUGCAUUUGCUUUAAUGAGCCAAACUCUCAAACCAUAUCAACACCGUUUUGUUUUGUUUUGUUUUGUUUUAAGGUGACAUCCAUGGACAAUACUAUGAUUUACUUCGACUCUUUGAAUAUGGAGGUUUCCCACCAGAAAGCAACUAUCUAUUUCUUGGUGACUAUGUUGAUAGAGGGAAACAGUCUUUAGAAACAAUUUGUCUUUUACUGGCCUACAAGAUAAAAUACCCAGAGAAUUUUUUCCUCCUUAGAGGGAACCAUGAAUGUGCCAGCAUUAAUAGAAUUUAUGGCUUCUACGAUGAAUGUAAGUACUUCUGGUGCUGUCUUUUGAGACUUUGGAAAGUGAUUCAUAGUGUAGAUGGCACUAUUUUUGCUAUAAAAUAACCUCUGGGUUUGGAGUGAGUUGCUUAUUAAUGACAAUACUGACUUGCCUAGUUAAGAGACUUUUCUAUCAUUUUGGCAGGUGAAAUAUAGCCUUCUUGUUCUUCCUUUGCUCUCUUCAGAAGAGAAAGGUGCAACUACAGUCCAGUCUUCACUGCUCUGCCAGCCUCCACUUAAGUGUUAAAUUAAGCUCAUAUUUAUAAUGUUAACUUUUUCAGUUUGAGUUUGCCAAGUACAAAGUUGAACCCGUUCCUGCUUGAGUGGGCACUGGGUGGUGUUGUCUUACUCCAGUUGCUGGACUGGAUGUGAAUUCCUCCCCUUCCUUGGAGGGCAGUUUAUUAUCAGCCUUGCUUGAAGAUAAGACAUACCUUGUUACUGCUCUUCUGGUCCUUUAAUAAUCGAUUGGUUGGUUGGUUGGUUAAAAGCAAGCCUGAUUGAAUUGCAUGCCUUUUUUUGUUCUCUGCAUGGUGGUUAAGUACAAUAGGGAUGCUCCAUGCCAUGACACAAUGUGUAAUCUCUGUUUCCUUUCGUUGCACUUUCUGGAAUUGACUAUAAAUUCAGUUUCUGGCUGUUCCAUUUGGUGAUAUAAACCUAGGGUUUGAAAAAUAUACGUACUUGCUUUCAGGACUUUAUGAAUCAGAUAGUCUGCUUUUCCUAUAGCCUCUGUCACUUGCUUGUCUUUAGUAACCAGUGUGCCAUUGAGCCCACUGGUUUUAAAAUGUGUUGAAUCACAUAAUUUAUAUCAAUAAACACUGCAUUUUUCUCAGAUACAUCUGUACUAAAAGUGGUUUACAAAGAACAGUAAAAGCGCAAUACUUCAGUAACUGCCUACAGCAAACCUACUACAUUGUGGUUCAUAUUAAUUGAGGUGGGAGGAGAUCCACUUUUUCAGCAGCUUCAGAUUAACAUUGCACCAUUAUUCUCCCCAGUGAUUUUAUAGUACCAAAUGAUGCUAAUGAUGGCAUUUGCCAUAAGCCUUGCAAAGCAUGUUCAUAUUUCUCUGUUUAAUGACUUCUUUAAUGGAUACAAAACAAUUGAGCACCUGCUUUGCAUACAGAAGGUCCCCAGGUUUUAUUCCCCAACAUCUCCAAGUAGAGAUGGGAAAGAAGAAUCCUGUCUGAAACUGCUGCUGCCAAUCAGUGUAGAUAAUACUGAAUUAGUUGGACCCAAGGGUCUAACUUGGGUAUAAGGCAGCUUCCUUUGUUCUGAUUUGUCUGGGACUGCCUGCUCACCGAUAUCUGUAAUCCCAGGAAGAAUUGUUAAUAAAGCAGAACAUGUGAUUAAAAACACAGCCAAACGAUCCCUUUCACAUUACAGCUUUAUAUUAUGGAAUAGUCUGCAGUUCACUGGUUCUGUCUCGGUGGUUUGAACUCCCUGUCCUUUUAAUGGCUUAACUCUCCUGAUGCUCAGGUGUAUUUUUGUAUCUUGUAGGCUAAUUGCAGCAGUCACACUUAGAUUCUCCUCAUACUCCCCACCCCUUCAUUCAGUGAACUUCAUACUUAGUCAGGUUUCUAAUAGGUUCAGCAUAAUUUGUUGGUUAGGCUUGCUUGGAAGCAAAUUGCGGAAACUGUCAUGAGUGUGAUAAGAGGAUUUGCACUUGAUGCUGUCACCAUUUGACAGGAUCCUAGGCAGCAUGUGCUUCAGUAAAACAAUGUUCAAAUAGGUCUAGGAUAUGGGAGCCUAAAUUCUGGGUCAAGACUAAGGGUCAGUUAUCAGUGGUGAAGGUGCAGUGAGGGGUCAUUAGCAAGCUCAUGGCUUAUUUUUGCCUUGGGAGUCUCUAAACGCUAGAACAGUUAUUAGAAUAGCAUCUGUAUGUGAAAAGGGCUGAUGUGAUGACUGCAAGAGUCCUGCUUGACUGGACUAAAGAUUCAUCUAAUCAAGCAUCUCACCAUCCUACAGGUAGAAUGUGAAAGCACCUUUGCCAUUGUUGUCCCUCAAAGCUUGUAUUUAGGGGUGCACUACCUCUGAACGCAGGUGAUGUUUGUCAUCAGGGGUUUUAGCUGUUGGUAUCUGCCAUGAAUUUGUGUCACAAGCUUAUUUAAAGCCAUUCAAGCCAGUGACCACACUGUGGCUUGUGGAAUGAGCUCCAUACAUUAAUUAUGUGCUGUGUGAAGUAGUACGUUUCUGUGGUCUGUCCUGAGCUUCUUGCCAGCUUAUUUCUAGAGCAGGUAUUAUGACAGAAGGGGAAAAGAUCCUCAAGGGUUUGAGAUAUCCCUGUGUUUGGGUCUUAGCAGGUAUGGAGAACAGUUCCUCUCUGCCAACACAGACUAAGACCUUAAUGUUAAGCAGGUCAAAGAUACAAAAAUGUAAAUGUAGGUCUCCUUGUCCUCCCUAUUCUCUUCUUCUGUCACUGUUAAAUUCCAAGUGAGUUCAUGUACGGAAAUAUCUCCCUAGGUAAAAGAAGAUACAACAUCAAGCUGUGGAAAACCUUUACAGACUGCUUUAAUUGUUUACCAAUUGCAGCCAUUGUGGAUGAGAAAAUAUUCUGCUGUCAUGGAGGUAAGUUGAUAUAUGAUUUACAAAGUGAUACUUGCUUGACCGUCUUGGGUAAGUCAGCAUUAGAGCCACUCAGACCCGUGCAGUGGGGCGGCAGCUGGGUACACUUACCCCGGGCCCUAGAGGAUUAAGCUGGCCAGGGGGCCUGGCCAGGCACCAACUUCCUUUUUUUUGUUUGAGUUUAUAAUGUUAUUCUAACAAGACUCCUGCCCCAGGCCUCAGGCAAGCUCUGUGCAGGCCUGGAGCCACUUUCUCUGUAUUGCAGGUCACUGCAUUUAUUUCUGUCUAUCUAAACAAACAAGAUGAAUUUUAACAGGGAGAAAUGUAAAGUAUUGCACUUGGGCAAAAAAAUGAGAGGCACAAAUACAAGAUGGGUGACACCUGGCUUGAGAGCAGUACAUGUGAAAAGGAUCUAGGAGUCUUGGUUGACCACAAACUUGACAUGAGCCAACAGUGUGACGCAGCAGCUAAAAAGCCAAUGCAAUUCUGGGCUGCAUCAAUAGGAGUAUAGCAUCUAGAUCAAGGGAAGUAAUAGUGCCACUGUAUUCUGCUCUGGUCAGACCUCACCUGGAGUACUGUGUCCAGUUCUGGGCACCACAGUUCAAGAAGGACACUGACAAACUGGAACGUGUCCAGAGGAGGGCAACCAAAAUGGUCAAAGGCCUGGAAACGAUGCCUUAUGAGGAACGGCUAAGGGAGCUGGGCAUGUUUAGCCUGGAGAAGAGGAGGUUAAGGGGUGAUAUGAUAGCCAUGUUCAAAUAUAUAAAAGGAUGUCACAUAGAGGAGGGAGAAAGGUUGUUUUCUGCUGCUCCAGAGAAGCGGACACGGAGCAAUGGAUCCAAACUACAAGAAAGAAGAUUCCACCUAAACAUUAGGAAGCACUUCCUGACAGUAAGAGCUGUUCGACAGUGGAAUUUGCUGCCAAGGAGUGUGGUGGAGUCUCCUUCUUUGGAGGUCUUUAAGCAGAGGCUUGACAACCAUAUGUCAGGAGUGCUCUGAUGGUGUUUCCUGCUUGGCAGGGGGUUGGACUCGAUGGCCCUUGUGGUCUCUUCCAACUCUAUGAUUCUAUGAUUCUAAAGCACAGGUUGAGCACACUGCAAAGUUUCACAGCUAAUGUCAAUUGAGAUAAUGUUUCUAACUCUUAACAGGUUUUUGGUGUAACAAUGUAUUGAAGAAUGUUUGUCCAAGCAGCCUAUUCGUACCCUUGUUUGCAUAGGGGAACACCUGCAAAUUACUUUGACCGAGUGUGAUAUAGGAAGGAGUUAUUAUAUAUAGUUCCCUCCCCCAUACCAUUUGAACUGCAGUCAUAACAAUGAAUCACCAGAACAACGAAUUUGGUGACGGGAAGUAACCCUGUAUGCAUUUGGUGAAUCCAUUAGAGAGAGGUGACUAUAGGGUGCUCCAGCUUACGUGUUACUGUAGCGAUGGCUGUAGCGAUGGGGCUAAUGGAUAAUCUGAGACAGAAUGAGAAGUAGACCUCUACUGAAAAGGCCUAAUUUUGUAACUGCCAGAACUCUUACACUGAAAUAUGAUGCUAUAAAUGCAUGCUAUCUGCUUGUGGGUAAUUGUAGGUUAUCUGGACAGUUCCCAGUGCCAUGUUAUAAAAAUACUUCUGUUAUACUAACCUAGCAUCUCCUGACCCAUUUUUGAUUUAAAUAUUUAGCCUUGCCAUUCCUGAACUAUAAGCAACUGUAGUAUGCUUACACAGGCAAAAACAUCAGGGUUGCAAUACUAGGCGUUGAAUUGGGAGGCUACAGCUGAACAGAUGUGAGGACAAAUAUUAUGACCUUGCAGAAAGGACAGGUCAUACCUCUUUAAUUUGAGGCAGCUGCUUUAAAGCAAUAAAAUGUCCUACUUUUUAGCAGCUUAGAUAUAGUGACUAUCUGACUCUGUGAUGGGCAGCUUGCUCUGGAGAUGGCUGGUGUGAUGGGAAGGAUUAAUCCUGUAGCCUUCCUUGCUCCUUCAUUCACAGCCUACAGCAGUACUGGAAAAGAGAUGGAUUUUUUUAGCACUGAGUUCCAUCUUGAAGAAAUUUAUUGAAAUUUAUUUUUUGUGCCAAUCAACCCUACGUUGUGUAACCCCUCCAAGCCAAAUUCCAGUGCAUAAUGGGGUGGUUAAAAGCGGGUGGCACUGUGGUCUAAACCACUGAGCCUAGGGUUGCUGAUAGGAAGGUCGGAGGUUCGAAUCCCCGCGACGGGGUGAGCUCCCGUUGCUCGGUCCCUGCUCCUGCCAACCUAGCAGUUCAAAAGCACGUCAAAGUGCAAGUAGAUAAAUAGGUACCGCUCCGGCGGGAAGGUAAACGGCGUUCCCAUGCACUGCUCUAGUUUCGCCAGAAGCAGCUUAGUCAUGCUGGCCACAUGACCCCAAAAAAAAUUCUGUGGACAAACGUUGGCUCCCUUGGCCAGUAAAGCGAGAUGAGCGCCACAACCUCAGAGUCAUUCGUGACUGGACUUAACUGUCAGGGGUCCUUUACCUUUACCUUUAAAUCUCCCAAACAAAGCUGUGUGUGGUGUCCGAAAAGGGACACUGAAAUCCAUUUUCUUGGAUCAGUUCUUGUUUGAAAAACCACGGGACAUUUUUCCUGCUCCAGUACAUUAAUAUUGAUUGCAAUGAAAAGUACCCUAUCACAAAAAUUAAUAGACUACUUGGUGUGUGUGUGUGUGUGUGUGUGUGUGUGUGUGGCACUUUUUAUAUAUAGAAAGAAAACUAAAUUGUAUGUUACUGAAAUUUGGGAGCAUUGUUAAUCAUUGUGCAGAUAACAAUAUCUUAGUUUAUGAAGAUCACUUUGUAAGUCUACUGUGUGACUCGUGAAGUAAAAAGUGCAUCCAUUUGUCUCACAAACAGUCAUGGUAACUUGUUGUAAGAUCCUACAUGGGAAUAUUUUAAAGACAUUUUACCUCUUUAGGUAAAAAAAAGGAAAGCAUGCACAAUGUAUAUUGUACAGUGCAACACUCACUCUCUCAUAUACAUACUAUUUACCACCUUGAUAUAUUUUAUGAUACGGCAUUAUAGAAAUAUUUUUAUUAAAUAAAUAUAUGAAAGGAGUUUUGGUUCGGUGCUUGUAUAAGAAAAAGCACUAUCUCUGCAGUACAGGCACUUUCCCACUCACAUAGGGCUAUGUUCCUGGGUACCAUGCAUAUACAUGAAAUCAUGUGUUGUUGGAAACACCGAUCUAAAAAGCCAAAUUCCACUACAACCGCCCUCUCCAAACCGCCUUUCUCAAACUUCAACUCUCCAUAGGCAUCAAAGGUUGGUGCAAAGGCUCCUGGAAUUGCUAGCCAUUUUCCUGUUCUUUUUGAGCAGUUUUUGCCCAUGUCACACCUUUCUGCAGUUUAAAUCAAUUUAUUUAAUUAUUUCCCAGCACCACACACAUAUAUGUGGUUGCACAUGAGUUGAACAUGCAUUAAGUGAGGAGAUGCCUGUACUAUGUCGCUUUGGGUACCUGUUUUCACCGUGGUGAUUCUGUGAAGUAGUUUCUUCCUGUUAAAUUUUCUCAUCUAUGCUGGGGUUACCAGACAUUCCUGGGGACAGUCCCCGGAGCUGCAAAUCUGUCCCCAGACAAAUUCCACCCUGGAAUGUCCCCAAAUUUGCAAAUCUGUCCUUGGGAAACGUAGCAGCGGCAGCCUCAGCAGCCCGGAGUCAGCCUGGUAGCGCAGUUGGCUCUGGCUGGCUUCAGGAGCUGCUCGCUGCUGUGACGCCCGCCAUUUUUCUUCCCUGGAAGUCCCCAUAUGGUGUGUCUUGUGCGCAACACAUCAUAUGGAGACUUCCAGAGAGGAAAAAUGGCAGGCGCCAUGGCAGCAGGCAAUGAGCAGCUCCUGAAGCCAGCCAGAGCCAACUGCGCUACCAGGCUGGGUCUGGGCUGCUGAGGCUGCUGCCGCCACUGCCAAAGGGGAACUGGGGAUGUCCGGCGGUACAGAUCUCCUGCCCCUUUCCCCCUUUGUUGUGACUGGUCAGGGGAGGCUUGGGAGUCAUGGCCGGCCAUUGCCCAGUUUUUUAAAAACUCUGUGCAUUUAUGUUUCGCAGAGUGUGAAAGAAGGGCUUUGCACCUUUAUACAAUAUGCAUGUGUGCUUGGGCCCAGGGUCUUUUGCCUCACCAUCCCCACUACUUGACACCCUGUUGCUACUCAGCUUCAAAAAAAAAAAAAAAAGGGUCCCCGGAUUCAUUGAAAAAAAUCUGGUAACCAUAAUCUAUGGCUCUUUAAAUACCCUUGAUCUGCCACUUUCUCCUUCCUUCAGAUUUUUAUAUUCGGGGAUAAACUUACCCUACAGACCACCACUCUUGCACAGCCGUGAUCUCUUAGUACCAAGUACUCUAGCUACCCUGUCUUGGGUCUGAGACGUGUGGAUACAGAUGUCCUAUUCAUGAGCAUUUCCCCCAUGACUCUUUAGUCUUUUUAAAGUACAGCCAUUCAUACAUAUUUGUGUGCUAGUUACAAAUUUAUGUCCUGUAAUUUGCUUUGAGAACCUGAACCACUUGUCCCAUCAUCUGUGAGGCAUACCAAAUCAGAUGCUUCCACCUAGCUGGCUCUGCAGGUGGAACAUGUUUUAUUUUGUCUCUGCGGCUGUUUCUUUCCAGCAUCAUUUAUGCACAUAAGUGUCACGACCACUGACACUUCUUGCACAGUACCUAGGCAGCAUGUGAUGUCUACAGCCUUCACACCAUUCAUGCAAGGCGCCAUGGGGGCCCCACACCAAUCACAAAUUCCUAUGUUCCUAAUCAACUCUUCUGCUACCAGUCUCCUUGCCUCGCAGUAGCAUGUCCUUGGCAUGAGAGGAUAGUUCAUACCAGAAAUGGGACAUAUCUGAGGAAUAAUUUUGGAUUGCACUGGAUAGCUUCCUCAAAAUAAGCAUAGAUGAAGUUGCCGUUGGAAUGAAGAUGCUGUCACUGCACAGUGUGUGCAUUUGCCAAGUGCCCAGCAUGUGAACAAAAUGCAAAGCAGCUGCAUCUUAAUCCCCUGCAGGCUUAUCGCCAGACCUCCAAUCAAUGGAACAAAUCCGACGAAUUAUGCGGCCUACUGAUGUGCCAGAUCAAGGCCUCCUUUGUGAUCUGCUGUGGUCUGACCCUGACAAAGAUGUCCUGGGAUGGGGAGAAAAUGACAGAGGAGUUUCUUUCACGUUUGGAGCUGAAGUGGUUGCAAAGUUCCUUCAUAAACAUGAUUUGGAUCUUAUAUGCAGAGCUCAUCAGGUAAAGACCAAAUGCUAAGAGUUGAUCCUGGGGAAGGAGCCACCAGCUCCUGGGCCCCAGUGGACACCCCUUGGUCCACCACGCAAGAAACUGGUCAGUCUCUCCUCUUUUUCCCCUCCCCCUUCAAGUUCACUUGUCUCAGAACGAUGCUUGCUUUACGAGUUCCUGGCCUUGCUGAUCUAGCCUUGUCUCUAAAUUGCAGAAUGACAUAAAACAAGCAGCUUGUGAGGUUAAUGUGGUUUUGUAGCUAGAAGAAUGAAUGGGAGGCCUGGAUUCAUAGGCACAGCCAUAGAACUUCCUGCAUAGACCACUAUGCCACUGUUCUUCAGUGUCCCAUGGUAAAAGAUUUACCGUAUUUUUUGCACCAUAACACUCACUUUUUUCCUCCUAUAAAGUAAGGGGAAAUGUCUGUGCGUGUUAUGGAGGGAAUGCCUACGGGUGGCAUGCCUACGGAUUUUCCUCCUCUAAAAACUACAUGCGUGUUAUGGUCGGGUGCGUGUUAUAGAGCGAAAAAUACGGUAGAUAAAUGCUCAGAGCUUCAUUCAUAUAUAUCUCACCUGAGUAAUCUUUGCAGCAAGCCAGUGAGGUGGUUAUAGAUCAUCACAGAAUAGGGUGAGGAGCAGGUGAGAUUGGGAGUGGUUUACGCUAAGACCAUGCCGUGAUGACAUGGCACAACUGUGGUGAGAUUUGAGCCAGGGUCUUCUGAGAUCACAACUUGAGUUAGCCACAACACCAAAGUGAUUCUGCUGCACUAGACGGGGAGUGGAAGGAGGAUUAUAAAAAGGUUAGGAGUAUUAAAAUUAUUGCUGUUGUGUGAUAUUCACCCCCUUUCAAUUAAUUGAAUUGUCUUUGCUUUAAAGGUGGUUGAGGAUGGAUAUGAGUUCUUUGCAAAAAGGCAACUGGUAACUCUGUUUUCUGCCCCAAAUUACUGUGGGGAGUUUGACAAUGCGGGUGCCAUGAUGAGCGUGGAUGAGACUCUAAUGUGUUCCUUCCAGGUACAGUAUAUUUUUAGGGUUUAGGUGCCUCAUUUUCCCCAAUAAUGUUGCUUCUUUUCACUUUUAAGCUGGUCUUCCUUAAAUUAAACCAGAAUCAUAAGCACUAGCUAUUUGAAAAUGUGUUCCAUUUCCUUUAAUCUGUGCUGAGGCACCAGCUUGCCAUAAAAUAAGUAGGACAGCUGUAAUCUGUUCCACCUUGAAUUGGAUUGUCCAAAGAGUCAUGGCUCUUCCCUGCUGCCUAAUGCUGGUGAUCUGAGAGGAGGCAUCGAAAAUUGCAAGCAGUGGGAGGGAAAGCAAGGUGACAUUUAUAUCCAAGGUGCUGCUGUUUACCUUUAUAGCCCUAAAUGGAUUAGGCCAGAGGUCCCAGGAGCACCUGUUACUGAAUGAACCUUUCUCAUCCCGUGCAUUGAGAUUCUGGUGGCACCCUGCUUAGCUACUCUCUUAAGUGAAGAAAUGUUGUCUUCCUCUUGGAGCAAGGCUGUUUUGGCAAUAGAAUCUGCAUUGACAUUCCUGAAGACCCUUUUAUUCCCUCUUCCCUUUGGGAGUGGAGGGAGUCGUCUUUUCCUACACUGCAAUAUUUCAGUAAGGUGAGGCUGUUUAAAAUUAUUGCCCUGAAAAAUAAUUACUUUUGUGUGUGCCAAGACCCUGAAUGAAUGAUUUUACAGCUCUAAGCCACCUAGCCGUGCCCAUUGGGUGGAAAUCACAAAAUUAUGGGUGUAGACUAUAUAUAGCCAGGUUUUGGGCUAACGCCAGUAGCCCCCUUCUUGUGCUCUCAUCUCUGUUCAGCUGCAUACAGUGUUUCCAUGCUAAGAAAGAACGUUGUCGUUCCAGAUUUUGAAGCCUGCUGAGAAGAAGAAGCCCAAUGCUAGCCGGCCUGUAACACCACCCAGGGGUAUGAUCACAAAACAAGCAAAGAAAUAAUCACUCUUGGCUCUGCCUAGUUGGGACUUGUACUAUAGUAUAUAAUCAUUUUUAAAAAACGGUAACUUGUAUCUGUCAGCUUGCUAAGACUAGAUUAAUGUGUUUGUGGGGUUUUUUGUUUUGUUUUUUUCAUUUUGAUGGAUGGCGUUUGCUGGUUGUAACAGCAAAUGAGACUUUCUCCCUUCUCAAGAAGAGUUUUUUAAAAUUCUUAUGUUCAUUUGAAGAGAGAAAAAAUGCUUUCCCCCCUUAUUGUUCCAGCUGUAUACUUCACAGCAACUUAUCCUGUCAUUCCGGGUAAUUGUACAAUUGACUCCUUGAACCUGUACAGACCAGGUGGUGUGUGAUGCCUGCUUUUCUUUUAGGACCUAAAGAGGCACUAGUGUGCUGCAAGACUAGGAAACUGAUUACUGUCGAAUUACAUAUUGUUUAUACGAACCACUGUGAAUGUCUUUUAUUUUAUUGUUUUAAAGGGAUUGCUUUUUUCUUGUCAUGUACACUAGUUACGUUGCUGUCAGCAUUUUGAAACCACCCCAUAACCUUUGCCAGCUUCCUUGGUAUGAUGUAUAUUUUAAUUCAAGCACACUUCCCUCCCAUAUACUUCAAAAUGACAAUUAAAGCCAUUAUUUUAAAGGUUUGUGUCUCUUUUUGUGAAACCAAAGUGCAUAGUGAAAACAUAUUGGCACAGCUCAUAGGGAUUCAUUGGCAGUAUCUAAGUCAGGUUUUUUCCUCUGCAGGAAGGACGACUUGAACUAGCAGAGAGUAAUGCUGUGAUCAGCUGGGAUGCAGGAUUAAAGCCUUUUGAUACUUCCCCUAUAUUCAAUGUCGAAGCUUGCUACUGUGCUAUUUUAGCCAGUUCAGAAAGCUGUCACGUGUGGAGAGCUGUUCAGAGACUUGCCUGAGAAUUAGAAUUCCUUUUAGGGUUUGUUUGUUUGUUUGUUUGUUUGUUGCAGCUGAAGACUUAUUCCACAAAGUUUAAAAAACAACCAGCUACAACAGUGAACACUGUUCACCUGUUUCUAUGAAUAUAACACAGUAUCCUGUGGUGUUUUUUUUUUAAUUAAAAAAACCUAAUCUUUUUGAACAGAUGACAGUGUACAAUACAAUGUGGUAAAAUGCUUAUUAAAUGAAUAACUUGUUAAAUCUU